UUAAAGGCAACAUCAGUACUGCAGCCGCCAACGGUGCUGCUGUCUGACUGGAAAGACGGAUGGUCAGGGCCGUCACCGUCUAACCUGAACAUGCAAGUGUAACUUGAUUCAUGCCCGUUUAUAGUGCUAAACCAGGUUACACGUUUAUUUAGCCUUAGCUAGUCAAGUAACGUUUCCUUUAAUCAUGGAGGACGACUGUGUUUGUGAGUACGACUCGACCUGGGACACAGAGAGUGAUGGAGACGACCCGGCCGGAGAGAGCCAAACCCGUCGGUCAUGUCAAGACAAAAACAAAUCUGGCUGGACUCUAACUUGGCAUCAUACGCCCAGAAACAUGAGGGCAGCAAAGGACAUGCAGAACUACAGAAGAGGAUAUCCAAAUCUUACAGAUGACGAAUGCUCAGAAGACAAAAUGAACAAUUUGCAGUUUUAUCUCAAUAAAUUUCCCUCUGCUCCUGAUGAUGUUUACAUUGAAUCAUUUCUUAAGGAAUGGAAAAAUGACUACAAAAGACUGGAGAGAGUUCACUCAUACAUUCAGUGGCUGUUUCCUCUGCGAGAGCCGGGAGUAAAUUACAUGGCUUCAGAACUCACCAAGAAGGAAAUUGAGGUAAGUGUGUCAUACAAAAACAAGUCUUUAGAUUAACAGUAUACCAAACCGUUAAUUGUGCAUUAUUUGGUUGUCACCAAUUUGGAAACUGGAGUGAAAAAAGAAUCUCAUAUAAGCAACAUCGGUGAUAUGUACUAUUCGGUUUGUAAUUUCAGCUUCAACUGUUUCGUCUCACACAGGAAUAUGCACAACAACUUGCGCAUCACUCGCAUCCUAAAGAGCCUCGGAGAGCUGGGCUUUGAGCACUACCAGGCCCCACUUGUGCGCUUCUUUCUGGAAGAGACCCUAGUCAAGAAGACCCUUAGCAGCGUUAAACGCAGUGUUCUUGACUACUUCCUGUUUGCUGUCCUGGACAAGCAGAAACGUCAGGAGCUUGUGCGCUUUGCCUACCUUCACUUUGAGCCAAAGGAUAAGUUUGUGUGGUGUCCCAGAAAGAUUCAGAAACAACUCAGGAAGGCAGAGAAAAGAUCAGAUUCUGUUGGGAAUGGAGAUGGAAAAGAUGAAUCGUAUUCACGGAGUAAAAGCAAAGAUGGAGAAGCAUUUGUGCCCCAGAAAGAUGAUGGACUGGAUAAUGUUGCAAAGGCUCAGAAAGGAACUGAUAAAACGGCAAGUAAAGACAAAAACAAACUCUCUGAGCCAUCCCCAGGGCCAAAACCAGAAGCAGAGACUGUAGGAAAUGGAAAUGCAAAGGCUGAGUUUAAUAAUACAAUUUUGGGGAAUGGAAAGGACUCUACAGAUGGUGUUGAUGAAAUGGAUCAGUCGCCCAGUCCUGACUCUGUGACGGCAAAAGCUGCGCCCUGUGCUGACAGUGAGGGCACAUGUACCAACGACUCGAAGGACACCACCCAGGAACCAGACAACCAUAUGCAAACAGAUGAGGACAUAGACACUGAAAAACCACCGAAGAAGAAAAGAGGUGAGAAGGUGCUGCCAAGCAACGGCUCUGCUGGGGACUUCGCCAGUGGGCAGAUCGAGGAGGGAGCUGGUGCUAAUAAAGCCACUGGUCAAACAAGCCCAUCAGUGCAAACCCCCGCUAAGACUUCAAAACAUUCACCCUCUCUUUCUUCUGGAAGAGGGGAAAAAAUCCCAAGGACUGAUUUUAAUCAAGUGCCAGAUAAAAAGGAAGAGGAAGAAACAUCGCACGCAAAUGGGUCGGCAACAAAUGGGUCAGCGACGAGCACCGACAAAGUUGUGGACGAACAGACAAAUGGGAAGGAGCCGCAGGAUAUUGACAUGGAAUCAAACCCCGCAAGCUCAGACCAAAAUGUGGGGGGUUCGUGAAUAAACUGGAUGAUGGGAGAAAAUACAUUAAUUUGAGCUUAUAUGAAAUGUAAUAUAGGGACAGAGUAUGACCUAACAUGACUUCCUGGGCCUUAUUUCUACCUUCUUUGAUGUUUAGAUAUUGUUUCUUUUCCCCUUGAAAGGAGUAUAUGAUUUCAUUAACUUGCUAAAUGUGGGACUGGAUGUGACUCAGUUGCCACAUGGCCAUAGGAAAAUUUUAAAGGAAAAGGCUGGUGAUAUUCUAUAUUUUUGUUAGUCCCAAGGAAACGUCAAAACCAACAACACACCACAGACAGUAAACAUGCUAGCAUUAUUAGCUUGCUAGUGGUAGUGCCAGCCCGGCUUCGCCCUUCCAUGCUAGACGUAACCGUCCAUCGAGAGUAUCCCCAAAACCAAUACUGCGUUAGUUCAAUACUUUGACUUCCUUUCCCUGUCUGUGACUCUUAUCGCCAAGCACAUUAGUUCUUAUUGAAGUCAUGAAUCCUUAAAAAUCGAUUUUUUAUUUAUUAUUUAUUAUUAUUUUUUAUUUAAAGGCUAAAUAAUUUCACGGCAGGUGACUAGUUUUUAUUAAAUGUUACUCAAACUGGAGUAAAUAGUGUUUUUGUUGGGGACUAUUUUCAGCUGGGGUUUUGGGAGUAUUUACAGCAGCUGGACGGUGCAUGUGAGAUUGACUGAAAAAUGAACAACAGUGUCGGUGAUUAUUGUAAAGAAGGAACAUGUCAUCCAGUGCAUCACUGUGGCUCAUUAAUGUGUUUUAAUAGUUUUUGGACAAUAGGACAAUGUGGUAUGGAGGAAUACGCUACUGUAUAUGAGGCUUUGAAUACACAUACAAUUAUUGUGAGUUGCAUAGAUUCAUGGUUUGUUUUGGUCUUCUUUGUGGGAUUUGUCAGUAAGAAAAAUAUAGAAUAUUACCAGACUUAUCCUUUUUAAGUAGUAAUGACUAAGGCUGAUAUUUAAUAUCUCUACAGAAUACAUAAAGCACUAUUAUUAAAGUAUAAAUGAAAUGGUUUCAGCAUUUGUAACACCUUAAUACUUUCACAAUUGAAAAGUUGUUUUGCACUGAAUAAUUAUUGAUUGGAAGAGCUUUUUUUUUUCCUCUUUGGACUGUUUUUGUGUGAGUAAAAAUAAUCUGUACUGGUUAAUGUUUCUGCUGGACCCCGCUGUUCGAAUAGAUUUAAGACUGAAUGUCACUUAAGUUAUAUUUCUGUUGCACAAUUUGUAUGUUUUCAUGCAGAUUUGGGAAACAGACCUUUUGAACAACUGAAAGCCUUGCCAAAAAUGUGAUAAGACUGGUUGAUUGUACAAUAUGUAUGUCUUCUCUGCAGAACUGAUAAAGCUUUGGCUAUAAUUUAAAAAGACCACUGUAUGUUAAUUUGACAUGAUUGAAGUCCAUGAAAAUUUACAAACCAGGGUUAGUAUAUUGAUGCAUUUUUUCUAUAUUGCACUUCAUUUUCACUUUUCAUUAUUGAAGUUUUGAUAUUAGUUACAUAAUGAAAGGUAAUAACUUUACAAAAGUGCUGAAUUGUUUAUAUACGACUCCCCCCCCCCCAACUAAAUCCCUGACUGUUGACAAAGCAGAAUAAAGUUAUACUAUUUUUGAAGCUUUUAUGAAAUGAAUCUGUGUUAAGCCAAAAUCUGAGUCCCAUUAUAAUUUAUUAAAGUGAAAUUCUCUAAUAA